CACCCCGGAGGAUAUAAAUACAGAGAGAGAGAGAGAGAGAGAGCGGUACCUCCAGUCACUACUCGGAACCUCUCUUGGCCUCUCCACCGGACACCAGGCUCACAGGACCUCCGUUACAAUGAAAGGUCUGAGGACCAUCACCCUUACUUGUGUUCUCACCCUGUUACUACUGGCGACGUUUGUCUCGCAGUCGUGGGGCGCACCGAAGGGCUCUUUCCAACGAAGGAACUGGAGCCCGCAGGCCAUGUUGUACCUCAAGGGCACACAGGGACGCAGGUUCAUCUCAGAGGACCGAAAAGAAGGAGAUAUCUAUGACACAUUACACCUAGAGACCCGCAGUCAGAACACAGAGAAGCUGAGUGUGGACCAGGCCGCUACUGUCCUGCUCAACUUCCUGCAGCAGGCCAAAGAGGGAGCUGAUGAAAAUCCAGACGAGGUCUAUUUCCAGGAACUGCCGGUGUGGAAGAGAGAAUUCUUCUGAUAACCUUUCAUACAUUUGUAAAACUGCCAGAAGACACCAACAUAUUUAUCUGUGAAAGUAACUAGUUCAG